UGCUCACUUCCGUUUCCUAAAACUAAAGAAAAAGCAGAAUAACCGGAAGGACUCACUCGUAUGUGGUUGCUAACUCGUUAGCAUCUGACGUUGUUGUAUUUAAGCUCGCUGAAACGGUUGAAAUGGACAAACUGGUUAAAUUACAGGAGUCUGACCCGUAUGAGAUCGAGGAGCCGAGCGACGAGGACCGGGCCGAGACCAGUUCGGAGGAUGAGCUCGACGUGCUGCUGAACGGCACUCCGGAGCAGAAGAAGAAGCUGAUCAGAGAGUAUCUGACGGGGGAGAGUGAGUCGUCCAGCGGGGAUGAGUUUGAGAAGGAGAUGGAGGCAGAGCUCAGCUCCACCAUCAAGACCAUGGAGGGAACCUGGGGACCAUCAACAGCAGCAGAAACCUCUGGGAGCCAAGGAGCAGGAGGAGGAGGAGGAGGAGGAGGAGGAGGAGGAGGUCCUGGACAUCCUCCCAACUCCCAGAUGUACGAUGAGGUGUACUUUGACUCUGACUCAGAGGAGGAAGACACACCAAGCAGCUCCACCGGCCGGAGGCGGAAACAGCGUACCAUACUGACUAAUGACGAGCUGCUGUACGACCCCGAUGAGGACGACAGGGAUCAAGCCUGGGUGGACGCCAGGAGGAGACAGUAUCACUGCAGGAAACGGCCGACGGCAGCGUCUCGGUUGCAGCCUCGUCAGUCUCAGGGUUUACCCAGCAGCGAUGCCAUCCUCAACUGUCCCGCCUGCAUGACAACACUCUGCCUAGACUGCCAGAGGCAUGAAAAGUACCGGACGCAGUAUCGAGCCAUGUUCGUCAUGAACUGCACGGUGAAGAAAGACGAGGUGUUACGAUACCAAACGCAGGAGCAGGUGAAGAAGCAGAGGAAGAGGAAGAAGAGGAGGGGACAGAACACAGAGACGAUGCCGAACGAGACUCCUGAUCCAACUCCUGCUGGGAUGGACGCCGAUGAGGUUUACCACCCGGUUCAGUGCUCCGAGUGCUCCACCGAGGUGGCCGUGUUCGAUAAAGACGAGGUCUACCACUUCUUUAACAUCCUGUCCAGCCACUGCUGAGACAGACAGACAGACAGUUUUUUUAUUUUUUUAUUCAUAGGUUUGAUUUUUCACCUCAGAGCAGCUUCUUCAGCUUUAAGAAGAAGAAAAUAAAGCAGGAUGAUUGCUUCUAUCGUGUCCGACCCGAGAGGGAAGAAUCCUGCUGUGGUCGCUCCGAGUGCAUCGAUCACUCGGUUCAUAAACACUCGGACACACGCUCCCUCAACUGCUGAGGAGAAAAAAAAUCUGGAUGGAAGUGGAGUGUUAGCAGAGCGUAUUCUGUCCAUGAAUUUUUAAAAACAUCUUACAAAAAACUACAAAAGUCUGCUCGGUGCAGAACACAUGAGAGCCUGAAUUUUAAGGCCGAUAGUGAUAGACUGGAUGCCUCAAACAUUUUUGUUAAGGAUUCCCGGUCACACUUUCUCUUUUAGCGUUCAUAACCUGUAUAGUAACGUUGAAUAAAUGGUUUGCAACACCCUCUGCUGUACAUGUAUGUACAUCUGUGUGUUUAAUAAUGAAUUUGUCAACAAAACAGCUGUAAGUGGAUGAUGUAUAAACAGAGAAUGAAUGACGGCAGUAUCGAUUAACCUAUUGAUUAUUGUCUCGAUUAAAAGGUCCAGAAAAUG